AUGGCAAUAAAGAAUGUAGACAAAGUAACCCUAGACAAUAAGCAGGAACACAGUCAUAUCCAUCAAUAUAGUAUAUUUGAUACUGAUGACGUUUUACCAAGUGUAUUGCCCAUAUAUAAAGAACUAGAGCAAGUAGAUUUUUAUGUUCAUCAUUGGGAAAUAAAAGAAUGGAGUAACCUAGACCAGCGUACUCAUGGCCCAGUAUUCGAAGUGGCUGGUUACAAAUGGCGUACUUUACUCUUCCCCAAAGGCAACGGGCAACAUGAAAUGGCGUCCAUCUAUCUCGAAGUUGUUCAGAAUCAAGAUCAAAAAAAGGAUUGGGCCGUUUGUGGUCAAUUUGCCAUAGUGAUAUCAGAUCCUUCCAAUCCAAAGCAUUUCUUUAGUAACCAUGCUCACCAUCGAUUCUGUGAUGAAGAAGUCGAUUGGGGAUUUACACGAUACUAUCCUUUAAAGACAUUAAACUCGUUUUUAAAGAAUGAUCAAGUGACCAUCUCCAUCUUUUUAAGAAUUGUCAAAGAUGAAACAGGUGUUUUGUGGCAUAACUUGAUCAAUUAUGAUUCCCGUAAAGAAACAGGCUAUGUAGGCAUCAGAAAUCAAGGAGCAACGUGCUACAUGAACUCUUUAAUACAAUCACUUUAUUUUACAAACAUAUUCAGAAAGGCAGUAUACAAGAUUCCCACCGAGAAAGAAGAUCCAAACAAUAGUGUUGUUUUGGCACUUCAACGAUGCUUUUAUAACCUCCAAUUUGCAGAUGAAUCCGUUGGUACAACAGAACUCACCAAGUCCUUUGGUUGGGAUUCAUCUGAUGCGUUUAUGCAACACGACGUUCAAGAGUUUAGUAGAGUCUUACAGGACAAUCUCGAAUUGAAAAUGAAAGGAACAUUAGUAGAUGGUGCAGUGACAAACAUAUUCAUGGGGAAGAUGAAGAGCUUUAUCAAGUGUAUCCAUGUUGACUAUGAAUCAUCACGAGUAGAAGACUUUUAUGAUAUCCAACUUGAUGUGAAGGGAUGCAAGAAUGUAGAUGAAUCAUUUAAAAAAUAUGUAGCAUUAGAAACACUGGAUGGUGAAAACAAAUAUAUGGCAGAGGGGCAUGGACUACAAGACGCAUGUAAAGGUGUAUCUUUUGAAAAGUUUCCACCUGUACUACAUUUACAGCUGAAACGAUUUGAGUAUGAUAUGCAAAGAGAUACCAUGGUGAAGAUCAACGAUCGCUAUGUAUUUCCAGAUACCAUGGAUUUACGUGAGUACUGCUCAGCGCCCAGUAAUGAUCCAGAUGAACACAUUUACGUAUUACAUGGUGUUCUUGUUCAUAGUGGUGAUAUUGAUGGAGGGCAUUACUUUGCACUGUUAAAACCUCAAAAGGACAGCAAAUGGUUCCGUUUUGAUGAUGAUCGAGUGACACCAGUGACAUUAAGGGAAGUAUUUGAGGAUAAUUAUGGUGACGAUGACCAUGAUGAUGAAAUACGAUGCACAAGUGCAAAAGCAUUAAAAAAGUUCACAAAUGCUUACAUGCUUGUCUAUUUUCAAAAGAAUAAACUUGAUGAAAUAUUAGCGCCUAUCGAAGAAGACGAAAUACCAAAACAUUUGAAUAAAUCAAUCAAGGACAAUGCAAGAGCUCUAAAAGAUGAUGUUAUCAACACACUCUUACAACAGCAAAGAAAUCCAAAGAAGGACAUUCGUCUAAAGAAGACAGGUAGUCAACCUAAUAAUACUACAAGCGAUAAAAAGUGUAAUAUAAUGUAA